AGGAAGCCAGGACACCGGGGAUUGUCUCUCGGAGCCGCAACCCCAGUCCGGGAGGAAGUUCUGCCGGGUGCUCUCCGCCGGUGCCUCCCUCGCUAUAUUGUUGAACAGGAAACAGGGCAGCGUGGGAGCAGGGCGGUGGAGGAGGGAGCGCCGGACGCCGAGCCCCCGCGCGGCUGCCAGAACAAGUGGAGGCGAGGCCAGCGAUCGGACACCCCGAGCUCCUGCUCCCCGAGGUCUCUCCAGCCUAGCUCUUUGAAGCCCCGCCCAAGGAGAUGGCAGGGACCUAACCUGCAUACAUCCGCCGGCUCCGCCCAGCCAGCCCAUGGGCUCCGUGAGGUCAGCCCUGCCGACGGCCACGCCGCGGCCGCGAUGGCGGCGGACGUCGAGGGGGACGUGUACGUGCUGGUGGAGCAUCCCUUCGAGUACACGGGCAAGGACGGGCGCCGCGUUGCCAUCCAGCCCAACGAGCGCUACCGACUGCUGCGCCGCAGCACGGAGCACUGGUGGCACGUGCGCAGCGAGCCCGGCGGCCGCCCCUUCUACCUGCCGGCGCAGUACGUGCGCGAGCUGCCGGCCCUCGGCCACCCUGUCCCCGCCCCGCAGCCGCCCGCGCGCCUUCCGGGCCCCGCAGACCCCGAACCGGUCGCCUAUGACUACCGCUUCGUGAGAGCGUCGGCGCCCGCCGGUCCCGACGGCGCGCCCGCCGAGCCCCGGGGGCGCGCGGGCUCCAUGUGCGGCCUAGCUCGGCGCGGCGCAGCAACCCAGCGCCGAAGCCUGGCGCCCUGCCUGCCCUCCUGCCUGUACACGAGGCCCAUGGCACCUGUGCGGCCCGCGCAGUCUUUGGACGACCUGGCCCGCACCGCCGCGCCCCCUGCCGGUCUCCUCGGGAGCGGGGGCAGCUUCAAGGCCUGCAGCGUGGCGGGCUCGUGGGUGUGCCCGCGGCCCCUGGCGCGCAGCAACUCCGAAAACGUCUACGAGGCCAUCCAGGACGUGCGCGGCCAGCCGCUGGAGCAGCACCCGGAGCAGGUGGAUGACCUCCCAGUGGAUGACCUCCCAGAGCCCGUGUACGCGAACGUAGAGAGGCAGCCUCGGGCCACGUCGCCUGGCGCCGCCGCAGCCCACUGCCCCGGCUCGGUUUGGGAGACGCACACGGACGCGGGCACCGGGCGCCCCUACUACUACAACCCGAACACGGGCGUGACCACCUGGGAGUCGCCCUUCGAGGCUGCCGAGGGCGCCGCCAGCCCGGCCACGUCUCCGGCUUCGGUGGGCAGCCACGAGAGCCUCGAGACCGAGUGGGGCCAGUACUGGGAUGAGGAGAGCCGCAGGGUGUUCUUCUACAACCCGCUGACGGGCGAGACGGCCUGGGAGGACGAGUCCGAGGACCAGCCGGAGGACGAGCAGGAGAUGCAGCCUGGCCUGAGCCCCGGCAGCCCCAGGGACCAGAGGCCCCCCACCCCUGAGACGGACUACCCCGAGUUGCUGACCAGUUACCCAGAGGAAGACUAUUCCCCCGUGGGCUCCUUCGGUGAGCCCGGCCCCGCCUCUCCCUUUGUCACACCGCCAGGCUGGUCUUGCCACGUGAGCCAGGAUGGCCAGACGCUGUACACUAACAACUUCACCCAAGAACAGUGGAUGAGGUUGGAGGACCAACACGGGAAGCCUUACUUCUACAAUCCAGAUGACGCCUCCGUGCAGUGGGAGCUGCCCCAGGUCCCUGUCCCUGCCCCUCGAAGCAUCCGCAAAUCCAGCCAGGACAAUGAGACCCCGGCCCAGGCCAGCCCACCUGAGGAGAAGAUCAAGACCCUGGACAAGGCAGGCGUGCUCUAUCGAACCAAGACGGUGGACAAAGGAAAGCGGCUCCGGAAGAAGAACUGGAGUGCCUCCUGGACAGUGCUGGAGGGCGGCAUCCUGACAUUCUUCAAGGACUCGAAGACCUCGACUGCAGGUGGCCUGAGGCAGCCUUCCAAGCUCUCCACCCCCGAGUACACGGUGGAGCUGAAGGGGGCCUCUCUCGCCUGGGCCCCCAAAGACAAAUCCAGCAAGAAGAAUGUGCUGGAGCUGCGGAGCCGAGAUGGCUCAGAGUACCUGAUCCAGCAUGACUCGGAGGCCAUCAUCAGCACCUGGCACAAGGCCAUCGCCCAGGGCAUCCAGGAGCUGUCCGCAGACCUGCCCCCCGAGGAGGAAAGUGAGAGCAGCAGCGUGGACUUUGGGUCGAGUGAGCGCCUAGGAAGCUGGCGGGAGGAUGAGGCACGGCCUGGUGCAGCCGUGCCCACCCCGGGGCCCGGAGGUCUGGAGAGCGACCUGAGCAAGGUCCGGCACAAGCUCCGCAAGUUCCUGCUGAAGCGGCCCACGCUGCAGUCGCUGCGGGAGAAGGGCUACAUCAGAGACCAGGUGUUCGGCUGCGCGCUGGCCGUGCUGUGUGAGCGCGAGAGGAGCCAGGUGCCGCGCUUCGUGCAGCAGUGCAUCCGCGCCGUCGAGGCCCGGGGGCUGGACAUCGACGGUCUAUACCGCAUCAGUGGAAACCUGGCCACCAUCCAGAAGCUGCGCUAUAAGGUGGACCACGAUGAACGUCUGGACCUGGACGACGGACGCUGGGAGGACGUCCACGUAAUCACCGGCGCCCUGAAGCUCUUCUUUCGAGAGCUGCCCGAGCCCCUCUUCCCCUUCUCGCACUUCCCCCAGUUCAUCGCGGCCAUCAAGCUGCAGGACCAGGCCCAGCGCAGCCGCUGUGUUCGGAACCUGGUGCGCUCGCUGCCCGCCCCCAACCACGACACGCUGCGGCUGCUCUUCCAGCACCUGUGCAGGGUGAUCGAGCACGGAGAACAGAACCGCAUGUCCGUGCAGAGCGUGGCCAUAGUGUUCGGGCCCACGCUGCUGCGGCCCGAGACAGAGGAAACCAGCAUGCCCAUGACCAUGGUGUUCCAGAACCAGGUGGUGGAGCUCAUCCUGCAGCAGUGCUCAGACGUCUUCCCGCCGCACUGACCGCGGGCCUGCACCCCUACCCCCGCUGCUGGCGCUGCGGACCUGGGAGUGGGGGCGGCGACAGUGGUCCUGCAUAGAAGCGGGGCGGCUGGAAGCCACGCGGCUGGACUCUAUCUCUGAGACCCUCCGCCUCCCACCAGUCCGCAGGCCGGUGCGAGUUCUGCACCUCUCGGUUCUGAGGGUAUGGUGACCCCUGGUGGGCAGUUCGCAAAAUGUGAUUUUUUUUUUUUUUUUUUUUUUUUUCUUUUUCUUUUUCUCUGAUUUGGCCUGUUUGGGGGUUAAUUGGGCUCUGUUCUUUAUCAUAGCGCCAACUACUGUGCGUGUGCGAGAAUGAGGGGUGGGGGGAGAGUUUUCUGGGACGACCGCUGUUGCGAGGAGGAAUUUGGCCGAAGGGCUUCCUGGCUUCGUCAGGCCUGCACCUGGUGGAGGCCUUCAGGGAGACCCUGUGGGUCCCCGGCCCCGUGCAUGGCACUGUGCCCAUCAUGAAGCAGCAAUCGACAACCUCCCUGCUGCGGAAACAGGACUGAGCCGGGCCUCCAGCGGGCAGCUGAAGCUGCCU